GAGCCGAGCGGGGCUGAACAAUAGAGACAGGCGGACGGGCGAGGAGAGCCAGCUGCGGCUGCCGGGCACCGCGGGCGCGCAGGCAGCGGGGACCCCCGGCCCGGGCCAGACAGCAGGCGGCCAGCGCCCCGGGGAAGGGGACCAUGGGGGAACCGGCGGCAGGCGCCCCCAGCGCGCCGCGCGCCGCCGCCUAGGGUGGCUCGGCGCUCCCCCCCCCCGCCGCGCGCCGCAGCCCCCCGCCCCGCGCCCCGCGCCCCGCGGCCACCGGCUCAGUGGCUACGGCCACCGCGCCCUCCGCCCCCCCGGGCGCCGCGCCGCCCUCGGCCCCAGGCUUCGCCGGCGCCCGGCUGCCCGCGGACGCCCUCCCCCAGUCAUGAACCCCCCCGAGGGGGCAGCGGAGGAAGGGGGAGCCGCCGAUUCGGACGUGGACGCCUUUUUCCGGACAGGAUCUUUUCGGAAUGAUGGUUUGAAAGCUUCCGAUGUCCUUCCCAUCCUAAAGGAGAAAGUGGCCUUUGUGUCUGGGGGCCGUGAUAAGCGAGGUGGACCCAUCCUGACCUUCCCUGCCAGAAGCAAUCAUGACAGAAUAAGACAGGAAGACCUGCGGAAACUUGUGACGUAUUUGGCCAGCGUGCCAAGUGAGGACGUUUGCAAACGUGGCUUCACAGUCAUCAUCGACAUGCGGGGCUCCAAGUGGGACCUCAUCAAGCCCCUCCUCAAAACACUGCAGGAAGCCUUUCCCGCCGAGAUCCAUGUGGCCCUCAUCAUCAAGCCUGAUAACUUCUGGCAGAAACAGAAGACCAACUUUGGCAGCUCCAAAUUCAUCUUUGAGACAAGCAUGGUGUCCGUGGAGGGCCUCACAAAGCUGGUGGACCCCUCCCAGCUGACAGAGGAGUUUGAUGGCUCUCUGGAUUACAACCAUGAGGAAUGGAUUGAGUUGCGCCUCUCCUUGGAGGAGUUCUUCAACAGUGCGGUACACCUGCUCUCACGCCUUGAGGACCUGCAGGAAAUGCUGGCCCGGAAGGAGUUCCCUGUGGAUGUGGAGGGCUCUCGGAGGCUUAUCGAUGAGCACACACAACUUAAGAAAAAGGUGCUGAAGGCCCCCGUGGAGGAGCUGGAUCGGGAGGGGCAGCGGCUGCUACAGUGCAUCCGCUGCAGUGAUGGCUUCUCAGGGCGCAACUGCAUCCCGGGGAGCGCUGACUUCCAGAGCCUUGUACCCAAGAUCACCAGCCUCCUUGACAAGCUGCAUUCCACCCGGCAACACCUGCACCAGAUGUGGCACGUGCGAAAGCUCAAGCUAGAUCAGUGCUUCCAGCUGCGGCUCUUUGAGCAGGAUGCUGAGAAGAUGUUCGACUGGAUAAGCCACAACAAGGAGUUAUUUCUUCAGAGCCACACAGAGAUCGGCGUCAGCUACCAGCACGCACUAGACCUCCAGACGCAGCACAAUCACUUUGCUAUGAACUCCAUGAAUGCCUAUGUCAACAUCAACCGCAUCAUGUCUGUCGCCUCCCGCCUCUCAGAGGCCGGCCAUUACGCCUCCCAGCAAAUCAAGCAGAUCUCCACGCAGCUAGACCAGGAGUGGAAGAGCUUUGCUGCUGCCCUGGAUGAACGCAGCACCAUCCUGGCCAUGUCUGCUGUGUUCCAUCAGAAGGCAGAGCAGUUUCUGUCAGGAGUGGAUGCCUGGUGCAAGAUGUGUAGCGAAGGUGGCCUUCCCUCUGAGAUGCAGGACCUGGAGCUGGCAAUCCACCAUCACCAGUCUUUGUAUGAGCAAGUGACCCAGGCCUACACAGAGGUCAGCCAGGAUGGCAAAGCCCUGCUGGAUGUCCUGCAGCGCCCCCUGAGUCCUGGGAACUCUGAGUCUCUCACCGCCACGGCCAACUACUCCAAGGCGGUACACCAGGUGCUGGAUGUGGUGCACGAGGUGCUGCACCACCAGCGGCGGCUGGAGAGCAUCUGGCAGCACCGUAAGGUGCGCCUGCACCAGCGCCUGCAGCUCUGUGUCUUCCAGCAGGACGUGCAGCAGGUGCUGGACUGGAUUGAAAACCAUGGUGAGGCCUUUCUCAGCAAACACACUGGGGUCGGGAAGUCUUUGCAUCGAGCACGGGCCCUCCAGAAGAGGCACGAUGACUUUGAAGAAGUGGCUCAGAACACAUACACCAAUGCGGACAAGCUCCUAGAAGCAGCGGAGCAGCUGGCUCAGACUGGGGAAUGUGAUCCGGAGGAGAUCUACAAGGCAGCCCGACACCUGGAGGUGCGCAUCCAAGACUUCGUGCGCAGGGUGGAGCAGCGGAAGCUUCUCCUGGACAUGUCAGUCUCCUUCCACACACACACCAAAGAGUUGUGGACAUGGAUGGAAGACCUGCAGAAGGAGAUGCUGGAGGAUGUCUGUGCAGACUCCGUGGAUGCGGUCCAGGAACUGAUCAAGCAGUUCCAGCAGCAGCAGACUGCUACCCUGGAUGCCACUCUCAAUGUCAUCAAGGAAGGCGAAGACCUUAUACAGCAGCUCAGGUCAGCGCCUCCCUCCCUGGGGGAGCCCACCGAGGCCAGGGACUCGGCUGUCUCCAACAACAAGACGCCGCACACUAGCUCCAUCAGCCAUAUCGAAUCUGUCCUACAGCAGCUGGACGAUGCUCAGGUGCAGAUGGAAGAGUUGUUCCAUGAGCGGAAGAUCAAGCUGGAUAUCUUCCUGCAGCUGCGCAUCUUUGAGCAGUACACCAUUGAGGUGACAGCAGAGCUGGAUGCCUGGAAUGAGGACUUACUCCGGCAGAUGAAUGACUUCAACACAGAGGAUCUGACCCUGGCAGAGCAACGGCUGCAGCGCCACACGGAGCGGAAGCUUGCCAUGAACAACAUGACCUUUGAGGUCAUCCAGCAGGGCCAGGACCUGCACCAGUAUAUCAUGGAGGUGCAAGCCUCAGGAAUCGAGUUAAUCUGUGAGAAAGACAUUGACCUGGCAGCUCAGGUGCAGGAGCUCCUGGAGUUUCUCCACGAGAAGCAGCAUGAACUGGAGCUCAAUGCGGAGCAGACCCACAAGCGGCUAGAACAGUGUCUCCAGCUGCGGCACCUUCAGGCUGAGGUCAAACAGGUUCUGGGAUGGAUCCGCAAUGGAGAGUCGAUGCUCAAUGCCAGCCUGGUCAAUGCCAGCUCUUUGUCGGAGGCGGAGCAGCUACAGCGGGAGCAUGAGCAGUUCCAGCUAGCCAUCGAGUCCCUCUUUCACGCCACUUCCUUGCAGAAGACGCACCAGAGCGCCCUGCAGGUACAGCAGAAAGCAGAGGCAUUGCUCCAGGCCGGCCACUAUGAUGCCGACGCCAUCCGGGACUGUGCCGAGAAGGUGGCCCUCCACUGGCAGCAGCUCAUGCUAAAGAUGGAAGACCGGCUGAAACUAGUCAACGCCUCUGUGGCCUUUUACAAGACCUCUGAGCAGGUGUGCAGUGUUCUGGAGAGCCUAGAGCAGGAGUACCGGAGAGACGAGGACUGGUGUGGUGGGCGAGACAAGCUGGGGCCAGCGGCAGAGAUGGACCACGUCAUCCCACUCCUCAGCAAGCACCUGGAACAGAAGGAAGCCUUCCUGAAGGCCUGCACUCUGGCACGGCGGAAUGCUGAGGUGUUUCUCAAGUACAUCCACAGGAACAACGUCAGCAUGCCCAGUGUCGCCAGCCACACCAGGGGACCUGAACAGCAAGUAAAAGCCAUCUUGAGUGAGCUCUUGCAGAGGGAGAAUCGUGUCCUGCACUUCUGGACCUUGAAGAAGCGGCGAUUAGACCAGUGUCAGCAAUAUGUGGUGUUUGAGCGCAGUGCUAAGCAGGCGUUAGACUGGAUCCAAGAAACAGGAGAAUAUUACCUCUCAACACAUACCUCCACUGGGGAGACCACGGAGGAGACUCAGGAGCUGCUGAAAGAAUAUGGGGAAUUCAGGGUGCCUGCCAAGCAAACGAAAGAGAAGGUGAAGCUUCUGAUCCAGCUCGCGGACAGCUUUGUAGAAAAGGGCCACAUCCAUGCCACAGAGAUAAGGAAAUGGGUGACCACGGUGGGCAAGCACUAUCGAGACUUCUCGCUGAGGAUGGGGAAGUACCGGUACUCCCUGGAGAAAGCCCUGGGAGUAAACACGGAGGAUAACAAGGACCUAGAACUGGACAUCAUCCCGGCAAGCCUUUCAGAUCGUGAGGUGAAGCUCCGGGACGCUAACCACGAGGUCAACGAAGAGAAACGGAAGUCAGCUCGGAAGAAAGAAUUCAUUAUGGCUGAACUGCUCCAAACCGAGAAGGCGUAUGUGAGGGACUUACAUGAGUGCUUGGAGACCUACCUGUGGGAAAUGACCAGUGGUGUGGAGGAGAUACCACCUGGGAUCCUCAAUAAAGAGCACAUCAUCUUUGGCAACAUCCAGGAGAUCUACGACUUCCAUAACAACAUCUUCCUCAAAGAGCUGGAGAAGUACGAGCAGCUGCCUGAGGAUGUGGGACACUGCUUUGUCACCUGGGCAGACAAGUUUCAGAUGUAUGUCACCUACUGUAAAAACAAGCCUGAUUCCAACCAGCUGAUCCUGGAGCACGCAGGCACCUUCUUUGAUGAGAUCCAGCAGCGGCAUGGCCUGGCCAACUCCAUCUCUUCCUACCUAAUUAAGCCUGUCCAGAGGGUCACCAAGUACCAGCUGCUCCUAAAGGAACUCUUAACUUGCUGUGAAGAAGGGAAAGGGGAACUCAAGGAUGGCCUGGAGGUGAUGCUCAGUGUCCCCAAGAAAGCCAAUGACGCCAUGCAUGUCAGCAUGCUGGAAGGGUUCGAUGAGAACUUGGAUGUACAGGGGGAGUUGAUUCUCCAGGAUGCCUUUCAAGUGUGGGACCCAAAGUCGCUGAUCCGGAAGGGGCGGGAGCGGCACCUGUUCCUCUUUGAGAUCUCCUUGGUGUUUAGCAAGGAGAUCAAAGACUCUUCAGGACACACGAAAUAUGUUUACAAGAACAAGCUACUGACCUCAGAGCUGGGUGUGACCGAGCACGUGGAAGGCGACCCCUGCAAAUUCGCCUUGUGGUCCGGGCGCACCCCAUCCUCAGACAAUAAGACAGUUCUCAAAGCUUCCAACAUCGAAACCAAGCAGGAAUGGAUCAAGAACAUUCGAGAAGUGAUUCAGGAAAGGAUCAUUCAUCUUAAAGGAGCUCUAAAGGAGCCAAUCCAGCUCCCCAAAACACCAGCCAAACUGAGGAACAAUAGUAAGAGGGAUGGAGUAGAGGAUGGUGACAGCCAGGGAGAUGGGAGCAGCCAGCCAGACACCAUAUCCAUCGCCUCCAGGACCUCUCAGAACACGGUGGACAGUGACAAGCUCUCAGGUGGAUGUGAGCUGACUGUGGUCCUCCAGGACUUCAGCGCAGGCCACAGCAGUGAGCUGAGCAUCCAGGUGGGCCAGACGGUGGAGCUGCUGGAGCGACCGAGUGAGAGGCCCGGCUGGUGUCUGGUCCGUACCACCGAGCGGAGCCCCCCACAGGAAGGCCUGGUCCCCAGCAGCACCCUGUGCAUCUCACACUCUCGCAGCAGCGUGGAGAUGGACUGCUUCUUCCCUUUGGUGAAAGAUUCAUACUCUCAUUCCUCGAGUGAAAACGGAGGCAAGUCCGAGUCUGUGGCCAACCUUCAAUCUCAACACUCCCUGAACUCUAUCCACAGUUCCCCUGGUCCCAAGCGCUCCACCAACACCCUUAAAAAGUGGCUAACCAGCCCCGUGCGUCGGCUCAACAGCGGAAAAGCAGAUGGAAACAUCAAAAAGCAGAAAAAAGUUCGCGACGGGCGGAAGAGCUUCGACCUGGGAUCUCCUAAGCCUGGGGAUGAGACGACCCCUCAGGGAGACAGCGCUGACGAGAAGAGCAGGAAGGGCUGGGGCGAAGAGGAGGCAGAUGAAGAGUCACACACACCCCUUCCUCCGCCCAUGAAGAUCUUUGACAACGACCCCACCCAGGACGAGAUGUCCUCCUCUUUGCUAGCAGCCCGGCAGGCUCCCACUGAAGUACCUACUGCUGCCGACCUUGUCAGUGCAAUAGAAAAGUUGGUCAAAAGCAAGCUGACUCUGGAAGGAGGCUCUUACCGGGGGAGCUUGAAGGACCCCACAGGCUGCCUGAAUGAGGGGAUGACCCCUCCCACACCUCCUAGAAACCUGGAAGAAGAACAGAAAGCCAAGGCUCUAAGAGGCAGAAUGUUUGUCCUGAAUGAGCUGGUACAGACAGAGAAGGACUACGUCAAGGACCUGGGGAUUGUGGUGGAGGGCUUCAUGAAGAGAAUAGAAGAGAAGGGGGUCCCCGAGGAUAUGCGAGGAAAGGACAAGAUCGUGUUUGGAAACAUCCACCAGAUCUAUGACUGGCAUAAAGAUUUUUUCCUGGCUGAACUGGAAAAAUGUAUCCAAGAGCAAGACAGACUGGCCCAGCUCUUCAUUAAGCAUGAGCGGAAGUUGCACAUUUACGUGUGGUACUGCCAGAACAAGCCUCGUUCCGAGUACAUUGUAGCUGAAUACGAUGCCUACUUUGAGGAGGUGAAACAAGAGAUCAAUCAGAGGCUGACCCUUAGUGACUUCCUCAUCAAGCCCAUUCAAAGAAUAACAAAGUACCAGCUGCUGCUCAAGGACUUCCUGCGAUACAGCGAGAAGGCUGGUCUGGAGUGUUCAGAUAUCGAGAAAGCCGUGGAGUUAAUGUGCCUUGUUCCCAAACGCUGCAAUGACAUGAUGAAUCUGGGACGCUUGCAGGGCUUUGAGGGCACCCUGACCGCCCAGGGCAAGCUUCUGCAGCAAGACACAUUCUAUGUGAUUGAGCUGGAUGCUGGCAUGCAGUCCCGGACCAAGGAGAGGCGUGUGUUUCUCUUUGAACAGAUCGUCAUCUUCAGUGAGCUGCUCCGAAAGGGGUCCCUCACCCCAGGCUACAUGUUCAAAAGGAGCAUCAAGAUGAAUUACUUGGUCCUGGAGGAAAAUGUCGACAAUGACCCUUGCAAGUUUGCACUCCUGAACAGGGAGACUUCAGAGAGGGUCAUUCUACAGGCUGCCAACGCAGACAUCCAGCAGGCCUGGGUGCAGGACAUCAACCAAGUGCUAGAAACACAGAGGGACUUCCUAAAUGCACUACAGUCACCCAUUGAGUAUCAGCGGAAGGAAAGGGGCACAGCUGUGGUCCGCUCCCAGCCCCCCAGGGUUCCACAAGCCAGCCCCAGACCCUAUUCUUCUGUCCCUGUGGGCUCAGAGAAGCCCCCCAAGGGUUCCAGCUACAACCCGCCUCUGCCACCCCUGAAGAUAUCUACCUCCAAUGGCAGUCCAGGGUUCGACCACCACCAGCCUGGGGAUAAGUUUGAAGCUAGCAAGCAGAAUGACCUGGGAGGCUGCAACGGGACCUCAUCCAUGGCUGUAAUCAAAGAUUACUAUGCACUGAAGGAGAAUGAGAUUUGCGUGAGCCAAGGCGAGGUGGUCCAGGUCCUCGCCGUCAACCAGCAGAACAUGUGCCUGGUGUACCAGCCUGCCAGCGACCAUUCCCCAGCAGCGGAAGGCUGGGUCCCAGGCAGCAUCCUGGCACCCCUCACCAAAGCCACAGCCGCGGCAGAGGAUAGUGAUGGGAACAUCAAGAAGUCAUGUUCAUGGCAUACUCUACGCAUGAGAAAGCGGGCAGAAGUGGAGAACACGGGUAAAAAUGAAGCCACAGGGCCUCGUAAACCCAAGGAUAUUCUGGGCAACAAAGUCUCUGUUAAAGAGACGAACAGUUCCGAGGAGUCAGAAUGUGAUGAUCUUGACCCUAAUACUAGUAUGGAGAUCUUAAAUCCAAAUUUCAUCCAAGAAGUGGCCCCAGAAUUCCUUGUGCCCUUGGUAGAUGUGACCUGCUUGCUUGGUGACACGGUGAUACUACAGUGCAAAGUCUGUGGGCGGCCGAAGCCCACCAUCACCUGGAAGGGUCCAGACCAGAACAUCCUGGACACGGACAACAGUACAACCACAUACACCAUCUCCUCCUGUGAUUCUGGAGAUAUCACCCUCAAGAUCUGCAACCUGAUGCCCCAAGACAGCGGGAUUUAUACCUGCAUAGCAACGAACGACCACGGCGCCGCAUCCACGUCGGCGACAGUUAAGGUGCAAGGUGUUCCCGCAGCCCCCAACCGCCCCAUCGCCCAGGAGAGGAGCUGCACCUCUGUCCUCCUCCGCUGGCUGCCCCCCGCCAGCACCGGGAACUGCACUAUUUCGGGGUACACGGUGGAGUAUCGCGAGGAAGGUUCCCAGGUCUGGCAGCAGUCCGUCGCUUCGACCUUGGACACUUACCUGGUCAUUGAAGACCUUAGUCCUGGAUGCCCUUAUCAGUUCCGGGUCAGUGCCAGCAACCCUUGGGGGAUCAGCCUUCCUAGUGAAGCCUCAGAGUUUGUACGCCUUCCAGAGUACGAUGCAGCUGCUGAUGGUGCCACCAUUUCUUGGAAGGAGAAUUUUGAUUCUGCUUAUACCGAACUGAACGAGAUUGGCAGAGGCCGUUUCUCUAUUGUAAAGAAAUGCAUUCACAAAGCUACCCGCAAAGAUGUUGCUGUGAAAUUUGUGAGCAAAAAAAUGAAGAAGAAGGAGCAGGCUGCCCAUGAGGCUGCCCUGCUUCAGCACCUGCAGCACCCCCAGUAUAUCACUCUCCAUGACACCUACGAGUCCCCCACGUCCUACAUCCUGAUUUUGGAACUGAUGGAUGAUGGCCGACUCUUGGACUACCUUAUGAAUCAUGAUGAGCUGAUGGAAGAAAAAGUAGCUUUCUAUAUCCGAGACAUCAUGGAAGCUCUGCAGUACCUUCAUAACUGCAGGGUUGCACAUUUGGACAUAAAGCCCGAAAACUUGCUCAUUGACCUCCGGAUCCCAGUGCCUCGAGUGAAGCUCAUCGACUUAGAAGACGCUGUCCAGAUCUCAGGCCACUUCCACAUCCACCAUCUUCUGGGGAACCCUGAGUUUGCUGCCCCAGAAGUGAUCCAAGGCAUCCCCGUCUCCCUGGGCACAGACAUCUGGAGCAUCGGGGUUCUGACAUACGUCAUGCUGAGUGGGGUCUCCCCCUUCUUAGAUGAGAGCCAAGAGGAGACCUGUAUCAACGUGUGCAGGGUGGAUUUCAGCUUUCCCCAUGAGUACUUCUGUGGUGUGAGCAACGCUGCCAGGGAUUUCAUCAAUGUCAUCUUACAGGAAGACUUCCGGAGGCGGCCCACAGCAGCCACAUGCCUGCAGCAUCCGUGGCUGCAGCCUCACAAUGGCAGUUACUCCAAGAUCCCCUUGGACACCUCCCGCCUGGCCUGCUUCAUAGAACGCCGCAAGCACCAGAAUGAUGUGCGGCCCAUCCCCAAUGUCAAGAGUUACAUCGUCAAUAGGGUGACCCAAGGGACCUAGCCAUCCCCAACCCCUGAGGUUUCACAUAGAAGUGCGGUGUGAACCAAAGCAAGACUGAAAGUGUCUGUAAAUAACUCUGUUCAUCAUUUCACCUCAUGUGGGUCUCUGGAUCGAGAGGUAGUUCUCUUAAACCUUGUCUGUGGUUACCCAGGGUCCCAGCGGCAGAAAAGUGACCCUAAUCCCAGGAGCAUUCCAGAAGGUCAUGCUGAAGAAGUAAAGAUGCAGAGUUGCAGAAAGUAUUUUAAAAAAAGGGGGGGGGGCAAGGCUGACAAGAUGGUAGUUGGUAUAAAAUGUUAAUUGUACAUUCCAAAAUGAGUGGUUCAGUGGGCAAACCGUCCACCCACUGUGAGAAAUAUAGUAGGUGAAAAUUUAAACUAAAAGUUCUAUUUAACAAAGAUAUCAACUAUUCUGCUUUAGAUGGCUUAGAUAUAGUUUCUUAACAGGAUACAUAUACACAUACAGUAUAAUAGAUCCCAUUCAGGUUCCAGAGUUUUAUAAUAUAGAGGUCUAUAUGAAACCAAUCAUAAGUAACUUUGAGUGCUCCGUUAAAACAGUCAUUUAUUUACCGAAGCAUCGCAUUAUUUUGACUAAGCACAAUUAGAUGACGAGUUUUUUAGAGCAUUUUAUAAAUCUUGUAUAGAAAUCUUUUAUCAGAACCUGUGUAUUAAGAGAAAGCAAUGUGACCCUUUUGCAAUCUGUGAAUUAGAUUUUUCUUUGUCCUCCAUCAUGGGUUGUUUGGGUAAGAUAGGUUCUGUUUAUCAAAAGCUCCCCUGAACUCACUGACAGCUCAGAGUUCCUCCUGUGGGAAAGUCAGGAAGUAAGUCCAAAUCUUGUAAGUGUUGGGGGCUGGUUUUAUGUCCACACCAGGCCUGACGUAGGCAAAUGUAUAUCAUGAGUUCACACAAAAGGGCACAUAGAAACUUUUCCUACAGUUCCUGUGAACAAAGGAGCAGCUCUUUCUGGUUCCAUAGCUGUAGAAUACAGUUUCCAGAAAGUUAGCUUGCUUUAUUCCUAACCCCUCAUGAAGCUUCGGGUGCUUACCAAAAGGAGGCAGCCAUAUAAGCCUUUUAAAGGCUAGUCCUAAGUCCUUUCUGAAGCCAUGGAGCAAAGCCUGACCCAUCACUCUAACACAGCAUGGGUUUUUAACUGGGAUAGCAAUACCUAUCACCACACAGCCACCAACAUCUCUGGACUAGAAGGAUUAACUACAUUCUGAGGCCAAUGCUGCUUUCUCCAUACAAGAUUAUUGACUGCCCGGUGCCCUCUUGAGGGAAAUCCAAUUAACCGGGGCAUUUCAUGGUUUGUUUUUUGUUUUUUUGUUUUUUUUUUUUGUUGGAGGGGAUGGGAGAGUUUUUGUUAUGUCGUGUUUGUACAUGAUCCACCCUUUGUUUUCUAGAGUGUGCUUAAAAAAUGCUUUUAUGCAAAUAAUAUUCUAAAACUAUAACUCCAGUGUUUAUGUAAAUCAGGCUUCAUGUCAUCGUGUCUCUCCUGCUAGUGGGAUUGAGAACAUUGAAAUCACGUAGCUCAGAGUGCAAUCAGAGAAUUUGAGGAGGGGAAAUAAGCAGCAAAAUUAUUUUAACUGUUUAAAGAAGAGAUGAUGGGAACAGUCUGAACUUUAAUGUAUAAAAAACGCUUAUUCCCAUGGUGGAAAUAGAGAAUGAAAGUGCUUAUUAUUUUCCCCCACCCACCCCCAUUGGUUUCAAAGUCAAAUUUCUCAUCAUCCACCCUCCAUCUCAUCUCAUCCAAGAUUAUAAAGUAAUAAAUGAGUAGAAAGUAAAAGCAAUAAGAUUAGAUAGCACCUAGUAUCUUGGGGAUUAACCAAAUAUAUGGAAACAGACUCUGACUGUAGAGUUUCCUUGUCUUCGGGUGGCCCUGGGUCAUCCAGCCUCACUCCCUCAGAGCUUGCUAACUCUCCAUGUUCUUCACUUAAACUGUGAUGUAUACAAACAUAAAACCAUAUGAUACGAGAUUUAAAACAUGCUUACUAAAGCUUUUUUAGUAAACAUGUCUUUAUUAUGAAGUAUAGCAUGAAGGAGGAAGGCCUGGCCCCAGAGGCUUGUUGUGGGAUAAAGUACAGGCUCCGAGGUCGGCAAAGACCCAGAAAGGGACGUAGCCAGGUCUGUCCAUUAUGGCUACCUCGGAAGAAGGGCUUCUUGCCGAGUCAGUUAGAAUUGUUAUGGCUGACUGCGUUUCUGCUAGGGAGAAAAGGGGUCUAGAACAGUGAUCAGAUGCCACAGAAGGGCCAGUUUGAAAGCACGUGGUGGGGUGACAGAAUCGCUAGGCAGAGCCAAAGUUUUCACAGCCACGUUUGUGUCAGGGUUGGGAUGAUCUAGAUGUGGGCUGCAUGGAAUUGUCCCAAGUACACAGAGAAGACAGGAAGGGAUAGCCGGAAGGGAAAGGAACGUGGUUGGGUUAAUGGCAGCCCCACUACAACUGUUAGAAGAGCGCAGGCUCCAGAGAGGUCCUAGGAGAAAGGGAACACACUUUCUAUAAGUUGAUGACUGACAUGACCAGGGAGGCUCCUCUCUGCAGAGGCACCUGGGUCCCUCCACCAGGGAACAAGAUGGUCUUGGCUCGAGAACUCUCCCUAGCAAGCUGGGAAUUAAGAGCAAUCUCAUAGACGGGGCUAGGAAAUAGAGUACAGAUGUGCUCAACAGUGGCUGGAGAGGAAGGACGAGGGGCCACUCUCCUGCACCUCUUUUGGCAGGGAGAUUUAUCACUAGGCGAGAAGAGGGCAGAGGAGAGGAAAAUCUUCCCCCCCUCCUACCACUCCAGUUGUUCUCACUGAGGAAGAACUGCCAGCUGACCCCAGGAAAACAGUGCUCGUGAGAGUGGCAGGUUUCUUGUCUGGCACAGAUUCAUUGUUUCGAGCUCUUCUGGUUUGUGUUAGAAGGGUGGGAUGCAGAGUAAUGGAAAAGAUCAGAGCCAACCCACGAUCCCGGAUGAGAAAUCUAAUCAUUAUUAUUAUUAUUUUUUUUUUUUUUGCGCCUCUUAUAUUUGUUUCAAAGUAAACAGAUUCUUUUUCACUUAGAACUGAAUGUGGUAAAAAAAACUGUUAAGAAAAACAUCGAAAUGUUGGAUGUAGCCUUCAGCUCUCGCCCAGCCACAAGCCACCGAAGUGCAGGUGGAGGAGGCCGAGGGGAAAGCUGGCUUCGCAGCUUUGUGCUUCACAAAGCCUUUAUAAAUAGUAGUGCCUUUCAGAGGGGAGGUGGGGAGUGAAGAAGUUCAAUUGCAUUUAGAUUUGCUGAUACUGCAGAAUUUCUUCCUUAGGUCUUAAGCCUUUAAAUGAAAGGUUUAAAUGUCUUUUAAAUGAAAACAUCUGAAUGUAGGACGGGACCAGGUGUUUUUGAGCAUUGCUCUCAGCUACUCCAAAUUCAUUCUUUCUUCUUUCUGCUCCACGUCCCCAUUAAUAAAAUGGAAUUUGGGCAGACACAGAGAGAACAUUAAUCUCUUAAGAAUGUUUAGGAAAAUGUCCUAGUUGACACAUCUCUAAAAUAUUUUGAUUUCCUUAAAGUGCUACACACUGCCAGUGCUAGAAUUUUAUUGACAGUAACUUUGAACAUUCCAGUUUCCCACAGUCUUAUGUUUGGAUACCAUUUUCAAACGCUGAGGUUAAAUGCUGUCAAUUGUUUUUCAUUGGAAGUUCUGGGUGCACCUCCUCUACAUGUUAUUUGGUCUUAGCUUAUAAUUUCCACCCUUUAAUAACUUGUCUACAGAAAAGGAUUAGGAGAACUGAUGAGGCUUUAAAUGUCCAUAAGCUCUUUUCUUCAGUAUUCCUUAUGGCAGACAUGAGAGUCUGAUACCUUCCCAGAUAGCCAGCCAUUUCCUUCUCUUUCCAAGCUAUAUGCUCUGGGAAAAUCCCUAACAGUUAUUUUCCUCACUGGGAGGGCAGAGGUGAGGAUCAAACACCUUCCCAUGUCACAAUUCAUUUAUUUCUGCUAGAAAAGGCAAGUGUUGUGUAUGGGGGCGGGCUACUCACUACUUCUUUUUUUCUUGCCUAUCUAGAAGAACAUGGAAAUUUAGAUCUGUGAGAAUAUGUAGGAGAAAACAGGAUAUAAAGUGGUUAUUUUUCUGUGUUAAACACUCUCGUUUAUACCUGAUAGGGAAGAAAUCCAUUGACGACAAAGGGUCUUUAUAGUAGACAAAGGACCCACUCACCACGUCGUCCUAGGGUAGCCCAUGAAUUGUACUGGGUGAGUUUUGAGGAAUAUAGACCAUAUUCCUUUCUUGCCCAGGUAACAUUCCAAUAGAGUCUGGAUUAGGCAAACAUAGAUAAGCUUUUCAACAGAUUUAUUUGUAAAAAGCACCUCAUGAUUUUUCUUUGCUAUUUAAAAUCUAAAUACCUUUGGGGAAGGAAUUAUUAGACCCGGGAUAGGCUAAAAGGAAAAACUCUCAGAGAUUCCACCAACAGAAAAGAAGAUACAGGAUAAUAAUGAUUUUCUGAAAAUUCUAAGGCUCUCAUGGCCUCACUCAUUCUAAAGAGCUCAAAGGGACUGAAAUUUGUCCAGAAACCUAGAUGUUUUGAUAAGAAAUGUUUUUCAUGAAAAAAUCUAUAUGGAAAUAGAAUACAGAAAUAUUAUAUGGCCAUAUUUUUUAUGAAAGACAUUUUCCCUUAUUUUUUAAUCUAAGUUGAAGUUAUAGGAGAAGAUAGAGUCUUUCUACUACAGUGCUUUAAUCUUUAAGUGAUAUUAAUUAAAAGCCUAAAAUUAACAAUCCCAGGCCAUAUUGUCUUUUUCUAUUAGCCUGUUUGCUAAGAAAUUCCAAACUGUGGUCAGAUUUAAUUUUUAUCCAUAUGAGCAACCUAACAGUUUAGUCAGUGAAUGGGGAAGAGCAAGGAAACUCGCAAAUAGCAAGUCUUGGAAUUCCUGAGAGUUAAUUUAACCAGGUGAAUUUGCCAGUCCAGGGAUAGGAGUUGCAUGAAGUCCCCACUUCCAUCAAGAACUAAGUCGAAUCCUGGAGUCCCUGGAGACCGUUACUGUGACCUCAAAGACUGCGGCUACGAACCUGAAGUUAACAAAACAUUUGUCUUCUCCUACUAACUUAAGCCAUACCUAUCACCUCUGUGUUUGAUUUUUUUUUUUUUUAACCCUGGUGCUUUUACUUCUGUUUCUGCCAAACUUUAGACUACUGUGGGGAAGUAAAUAAAACUGGGAGAGGGAGAAACAGACUGUGAAAAACUAAACAUACCCUUGAGAAUGCUAUUUAUGUAGAGAACAGCAGCAAUUGAGGGCACACUGUUGGAAAAUAUGGAUAUAUGUACAUCUGUACAUGUAUAUAGUGUAUAAUAUGUAUGUAUAUGUUAUUGCUCAUAUGCAGAAAUCUAUCCAUUGGCAGGCAGCCCGGGUGGGUCAGUUUUUCUACUGGAAAACCAUUUAAGAUCAUUCAAAACCAUUAGGGAUAAAACAUGGAGAAUUCUAGUCACAUGGGAAUUAAUUUGAUGUCUUUUGAAGUCUGCAAGGCCAAUCGAACAAAUUAUGAAACACAUUGGGACCAUUAUUUAUGUGAUUCUGUUUACUCAGAAUUCUAUAUUUGAGUUCUUUAGUGUGUGUGUUUUUUUUAUUGUUGUUGUUUCAAGACAGGGUCCCU